AUGGCAGUCUCACAGUUACAACAGACUCGCCGGCCGCGCGUGGCAGUCACUCUGGGGGAUGCAGCUGGCAUUGGGCCCGAGCUGGUCGCCAAGCUCUUGAGCAACCAGGAAAAUCUGAAGAAGGCAGACAUCCUAAUUCUAGCUGACCGGGGAGAAUUCGAUGCCGCAAGAGCCGACGCUGGUGGCGUGGACGUUCAGGUAGCCGACGUUGCUGGGCCCGACGGCGUCCAAAUACUGCACGACAACAGCUCGCCAAGCCAACCGCUGAGUCGCUCUGAGGUGCACAAAGGGAACGGAGAGAGGUGCAUCCACCAGCUGAGGCGGGGACUGGACCUGGCGCGGGCCGGAGCGGUCGAUGCGAUCGUGUUUGCGCCACUAAACAAGUCCUCGCUCAAGAAGGCCGGCAUGACGGAAGAAGACGAGCUGCGGUGGUUCGCGAAACAGCUCGACUUCGCCGGCACGACGAGUGAGAUCAAUAUUGCCGGACCUUUAUGGACGGCGCGGGUGACUAGCCACGUUGGUGUCGAGAAGGUUGCGGGGAUGGUCACCAAGGAGUCCACGCUCAAAGCCAUCGAGCUGCUGAACCGACUAAGAUGGGAGUCAGGCAUCGAGGCCCCCAGACUGGGUGUGUGCGCUCUGAAUCCACACAACGGCGAGAAUGGCAACUUUGGACGCCACGAAAUCGACCACAUCGCUCCUGCCGUCAAGGAGGCACAGACUUGGGGCAUCAACGUGCAGGGGCCCUUCCCCUGCGACACCAUCUUCCUGAAGCGCAGCAACUUCGACGGUAUCGUCACCAUGUACCACGACCAAGGGCAGAUCGCCAUCAAGUUACUGUCUUUCGAAGGUGGUGUCACGGUCCAGGGCGGCUUGCCUAUCGUGAUCGCGACGCCCGCUCACGGGACCGCUUUUGAUAUCGUGGGGAAGAACCAGGCGAGUGUUACUAGCACACAGAACGCGUUUGAUGUGGCGGUGACGAUGGCGUCGAGGAAAAUCACGAAGCAAUCGGGGCCAGGAUCGGAUGAGAUUGCGUACGCAAAGACGCUGCAGGUCAAUGGGUCAGUGCUGGAGAAGAUGCUGCCGAAGGUGUCACAGGUUGAGGUUGCUUCUUGUUGUUAG